AUCUUCUACGGCACCGAGGACCAGAUCGUUGACAGAUCCUGGAAUUACGGCCAGUUUGAGCCGGGGGUGCUGGACGCCUGCCUGUUCAUCCUGGACCGCCGGGGGAUGCCCCACAGCGCCCGCGGAGAUCCCAUCAUGGUGUCGCGGGUGGUGUCAGCCAUGGUGAAUUCCCUGGACGACAGCGGGGUGCUGGUGGGGAACUGGACGGGCGAUUACUCGCAGGGCACGAACCCCUCGGCCUGGGCGGGGUCUGUGGGGAUCCUGCGGCGAUUCCUGAGCUCCGGGGCGCCCGUCAGAUACGGCCAGUGCUGGGUGUUCGCGGGGGUCGUCACCACUGUCCUGCGCUGCCUGGGGCUCCCCACCCGCACGGUGACCAAUUACAACUCCGCCCACGACACCGACACCUCGCUCACCACCGACAUCUACCUGGACGAGAGCAUGCGGCCGCUCGAGCGCCUCAACACCGACUCCGUCUGGAAUUUCCACGUGUGGAACGAUUGCUGGAUGAAGCGGCCGGACCUGCCCGAGGGCUACGAUGGGUGGCAGGUGGUGGACGCCACCCCCCAGGAGACCAGCAGCGGGCUGUUCUGCUGCGGUCCAUGCUCAGUGAAGGCGGUGAAGAACGGAGAGGUUUUCCUCAAGUACGACACGCCCUUCGUUUUCGCUGAGGUGAACAGCGACAAGGUGUACUGGCAGCGGCAGGCGCACGGCGGCUUCACCGUGGUGCACGUGGAGGAAGGCGCCAUCGGCCGCAGGAUCAGCACGCUGGCGGCGGGGUCAGCGGCCAGAGUGGACAUCACUGACCAGUACAAACACCCCGAGGGUGAGGAUGGACUGGGGGCACCCAUGGGUGACAAGUGACAUCACUGACCCCAU